ACAGCCUAACUUUAUCUUUUAAUUACUUUUGUUUAUGUUGUUUGAACUUUCAAGGUUUCUGAUUGUAAAAAUCAAGUAUUGUUGAUAAGAUUAUUGAAUUGACAUUUAUUUCAGAUGUGAUAUUACUAUUGUAGGCACAAACGAACCGUUAAGACCUCUAUUGUUUUUUAUAUUUAUUACUUAGGUUAUUUAUUAUAUAAACUCGACCUCAUUUUUAUAAAACUAUGGCUUACAUAGUGGAUUUACGAUCGGACACUGUAACUAAACCUACAGAAUCUAUGAAACAUGCUAUGGUCAAUUCAGCAUUGGGAGACGACGUAGUCGGCGAAGACCCUACAGUGAAUGCCUUAGAAAACAAAAUAGCUACUAUGUUAGGAAAACAGGCGGCUUUGUUUGUGCCCUCUGGUACUAUGGGUAAUCUUAUUGCAGUGAUGGUUCAUUGUAGCAAGCGAGGAUCAGAGGCUAUUGUUGGUGAAACAUCCCAUAUCUUCAGAUAUGAACAGGGCGGUGCAGCCCACCUUGGGAAUGUCUUACUCACCACUAUACCCAACAAACCAGAUGGGACUUUUGACUUGGACACAUUGGAAGGGAAAAUCCGAGGCUCGGAUAUACACGAGCCUAUCACUUCACUUGUUGCUGUGGAGAAUACGCAAAAUUAUUGUGGUGGGAAGGUGCUGCCGCUAAGCUGGUUGGACGAGCUGGCCGUCCUGUGCAAGAAGUAUUCAAUCCCCAUCCACAUGGACGGCGCGCGGCUGUUCAACGCUAGCGUGCACAGUAAACAGCCGCCGGCCCGCAUCGUGAGGGACUGCGCCAGCGUCUCCGUGUGUUUCAGCAAGGGACUCUCGGCGCCCGUCGGAUCAGCGCUCGUCGGAUCGUAUCACUUCAUAGAACAAGCCCGGCGCAUGCGCAAAAUGCUGGGCGGCGGCAUGCGGCAGGCGGGCGUGCUGGCGGCGGCCGCGCUCGUGUCGCUGGAUGAGGUCGUGCCGCUUCUCGCGCUUGACCACAAGCGCGCGCACCGCCUCGGCAUGGUAAUCCAAGGCCUGUUUCUGAAGUCCUUCACUGUAGACGUCGAAAAUCUGCACACGAAUAUCGUGCUGGUGAAGAUACAGCCGGAGAGUCCUAUCACCGCUGACCAAGUGCUGCAGAGGUUGGCCCAGGUUUCUCUCGCGGAGACGAAGGGUGAUUGCAAAACACCAAACGACGAAGGCGUAAUAGUAAAGGGUGUUCAAUUCAACAGUAAAACAAUCAGGUUCACGUUGCACAGGGAAAUAACAGACGAAGACCUCUGGCUCGCUAUUAUGAAGAUCACAUACGUGUUCAAAGAAAUCGACGCGGGCGUAAACAAGUAACACCGCUUAGUCAUUCUCAAAUUGUAUAUAUUGUAAGUAAAAUAACUGUAACAAAAAAUUUGAUCUUUAUUGCAUUGUAAUUAGGUUGAAAAUUAUACAGCUGUAUUGUUUUAUAUUAUGUAUAUAUAUAUAUAUAUAUAUAUAUAUAUAUAUAUAUAUAUAUAUAUAUAUAUAUAUAUAUGCCCGUGAUACCCCCCUUGCGUUGCCAUUCCUGAGAACUCAGGUGUUAUUCCUCUGUACCCAGUAAAUUCACGCCAUAUCCCAUCCUUCAAAUCGAAACACGGCCAUGCAAACACAACUACUUCACGGUAGAAACACGAAUGGGACAGAGGUGCCCAAGCAAACGCCUUUUGUACAAAGUCUCUAUUUCAAGUACACACUGGUAAUACAUAAAAAUGUGACAGAGGUAAGUAAAUGUACAAAGGGGAGCUUAAUUUUAAAAGAGUUCUCUUCCAGCAAACGCAAAGUGGAAAGGAGCAUCAAUGUCAGCGGCUAGAGCGGUGUACAAUAUUGUGACCAAUUUUUAAACAAUAAUUUUAAAUUAGACAAACAUAAGUUUAUACAUAUAAUAUGUGUUUCGGUUUGAAGGACGAUAUGGCGUGAAUUUACAGGGUACAGAGGAAUAACAUCUAAGUCUUCAGGAAUGGCAACGCAUGGGGGGUAUCAUGGGCGAAACAGUAUACUCUGUUAUGUCCAUGGCACUGCUCAUGUGUAUAGGCGACGGUUACCACUUUCCAUCAGGUGGGCCGUCAGCUUGUUUGCCAUUCUAAGUUGUAUAAAAAAAAGUAGACUGAAGUCAAUAAAUUCCAAUUGUAUUUAUUACUAUUUGAAUGUAAAUGUAUGAAGAUUAUGAUUUAAAUAAACAAGAGAUUUAAUAA